UAGGGUUUAAUAGUGAGCUUCGUCUCUCUCUCUCUCCCUCUUUCGCAGAAGCCGAAAAAGCUCUCUGCUUUAUUAUCAUUUUUUCUUUUUUGCAUUUUUUUCCACUGAAAAAUUCUCUUCGUUGGAACUGAAAACGGGGACGGAAUUUAUAGGCUAACAAUCUUUUUAUUAACAUGGAAGCGACGAUGAUUAGUAACUCGGAAUUGAGAAUCGAAGCUGAAAUGGAGGAGCGUUCGGAUCUUGGAAACGGGUCAUUGGAUUCUGCUUCUAUCAGUUUUGACAUUUCUAAGAAAAAGAUCGAGUUUCAUCCAGCGAGGAAGCCCUUUAAUGCGUUUAAAAGUUUCGACGAUGGGGAUUUUAGAAUCGAGACGCUGAACACUGGGUCGGAUACGAAGCGUGUAAACGGGGUGGGAUCUGAUCUAUUGAGUGCUAAAGGAAGGAAGGCUGAUGGGACGGAUAAGUGGGAGACUGGUUUGGAUCCAAUUCUCGGUUUGAAGAUUAGUUUUCGUAAAAUUGGUGCUGGUUUGGAGAACCUUGGAAAUACAUGUUUUCUUAAUUCGGUAUUACAAUGUCUGACAUACACAGAGCCUUUGGUAGCUUAUCUACAAAGUGGCACACAUCAAAGUUCUUGCCGUAUUGCUGGGUUUUGUGCCUUAUGCGCUAUCCAGAAACAUGUUAACCGUGCUCUACAAUCAACUGGGAGGAUAUUGGCACCAAAGGACCUGGUCUCAAACCUACGCUGCAUAUCUCGCAACUUCCGAAACUCUCGACAGGAGGAUGCACAUGAAUACAUGGUAAACCUUCUAGAAUCCAUGCACAAGUGCUGCUUACCUUUAGGAGUAUCAAGUGAAUCCCCUAGCUCUUAUGAGAAGAGUUUGGUGCACAAGAUCUUUGGAGGUCGCCUUUGUAGUCAGGUUAAAUGCAUGCAGUGUUCUUACUGCUCCAACACAUUUGAUCCCUUCCUAGAUUUAAGUCUUGAAAUAGUCAAGGCAGAUUCCUUGCAUAAGGCACUUAAGAAUUUCACUGCUGCGGAGCUUUUAGAUGGAGGAGAGCGGCAGUAUCAGUGCCAACGCUGCAAGCAGAAAGUUAAGGCAAUCAAACAGCUGACAGUUUACAAUGCACCUCAUGUACUUACCAUCCAUCUGAAGAGAUUUCGUGCAUAUGAUUUUGGGCAAAAGAUUGACCGCAAAGUUGAAUUUGGUCCGACCUUAGACAUGAAGCCUUUUGUCAGUGGUUCCAAUGAAGGAGAUUUGAAAUACACUCUUUACGGUGUUCUGGUUCAUUGUGGAUGGAGCACUCAUUCUGGUCACUACUACUGUUUUGUUCGCACAUCAAGUGGCAUGUGGUACUCCCUUGAUGACAACAGGGUUGUCCAGGUCAGUGAGAGGACUGUUUUGGAGCAGAAAGCUUACAUGUUGUUCUAUGUUCGUGACAGAAGAAAUACUGCUCCAAGAAAAACUACUGGUAUUCUUCAGAGGGAUAACUUAAAAGCAAAUGUUAAUGGAAGGUCUGUUUUAAAUCAAAAUCUUAAGGAGCAUAUGCAAACUUGUUCCGUUGGUAAAAAGUUAAGUGCUUCAGGCACUUGUGCUGCUAUGACUCCAAAGGUUAUUGUUAAUGGUGACUUGUCAAAGGAGACAAUCAUGAAGGAAGUGCCAUCUCUGCAAAACCAUGUAAUGGCAGAAGGUUCAGUGCUUAAGGAGUCUUUUUUCCCCCCUUUCAAUGUGCCAUCAAAAGACUCAUCAGAAGCAUGUUCUUCAAAUCUGGUUCAAGGUGAAGACUUGCAACCAUCAGCUUGUUCUGUAGGUGGGAAUCUUGGCAGUUCUAAAACAGAAAAUUCAACUGUUACUACUGGUGGCAAAGAUAGUGACUGCAAUGAGAGGGGAAACACUAAAGGUGGUUUUGAAAUCCCAGUGACCUUAUCACCCAAUUGUGGUGGUUUCCAGAACUCGGGCACUGCAAAGAUCGCGAGUAAAGAGACCCUGCAGAAGAUUAGUUGUGCUUCAAAGAUUGAGGUUUCAAGCACUGUUGCACUAGAAGAUUUGAUAGGAAAAGCAGUGAAGAAAGUUCCUGGUAAAGCUCUAUCUAUGAGUACUACUAGUGAAACAUCAAAGAAUGCUCAGGCUACUAUGUCUCUAGAUAAGCCAAUUUGUAACGGUAGUCAGGCAGGAGAUGUUUCCAGCCACAGUACCAUUGAUAAGACACUGAAUGAGAGGGGAGACAAUAGUAGCGAAAAGAAAAUUUUCAAAUCCCCUUCGAGCAUUCCAAAUGGAUCUUUGGAAAUUAAAGCACCCUGUAAAAAGCCAACGAAGAAGCAUCUGAAGCGUCAGCUUAGAAACAUGCAUAUCGGUAUAAAAUUAAAAAUUUUCAGGGCAUCUCUUCACAUGCACAGCAAGAAGAAACAUAAAAAGAGCAAGAAACGCACAUUAAAGGCCCAUGUUCUUUUAAAAGAUAAUUUAUUGGAUAAGGAUUGUUUUCCCUCUGAUCUAGGGUCAUCUACAUCUGAGAAAUUCAGCACAAUCAGUUUGGGUUUGAUUCAUCAUAGGAGGAAAAAGGCAGCAAAUAAAAAUGUUAACAUUAACUCCGGUUCUUUGAUGAAUAAUAUAAAUGGAGAAGUUAAAGAGAGGAUUUAUCAGAAUGGUACUGUUCUUGCAAGUGAUCAGCAAGCAGAAGGGAGUUCUGGCUCAGUCUUAGAAGCAAAUUGGCAUAAUUCAAGAGAAAUUGGUUCGUUUAAAGAUGGAAAAACAGGCUCAUCUCCAAAUAGGCAUGUGCUUACCAAAGGUCUGGGGGAGACUGCUGUUGCCAGAUGGAAUGAUAUGGACAUAGUAUCUCCUGCUCAGACCAUAGAAGCAAAUGAUUCGGAAAGUAAAGGAAUUGGUUAUGUUCCAGAUGAAUGGGAUGAAGAAUAUGACAGGGGUAAGAGGAAGAAGAUAAGGCAAAAUAAGCACAAGUUCGGCGGUGCAAAUCUUUUCCAACAAAUCGCCACCAAGAAAACACGGUUUAAGAAGGCUAAGUUAGACCAUUCUAAAUCAGAAAACCGACCAUUCAGGAUAUGAAGUAAAUCCAUUAUCAAUUUGGAGCAAUUUUGACCUGUCUGUCUGCUGUUAUAGUUUAUGCAGUAAUUCUUGCUCUCUUGUUGACAUGAGCUAAAUUGUAUUUUGUAACCAGGAGAGUGUUUAAAGUGGAGAAAAAAAAAACAUCAGAUAAUUGUAGUUUUUCCUAUUCCUUUUCCUUUUCUGAAGUUUCUUCAUUAGAUAGUUGUAGUUUGGGACACACGGACGAAAAGGACCUGUUCUAUGGAAUAAAGAACUUGUGAUAGUAAAUUUUGGUCUA